AUGCGCGUUACUGCACCUCGCCGAGAACGGGCCCCGAGGUGGGACAGAAGAAACCCACACGCGGACCGAGGCGCCAAAACAACGCAGGAGCCCCUCCCGCGCCAGGGCCAAACGCCACAACGGGGAGGGCCGGCCGAGCCCGCCCGAGUGGCCUUCCACCCGCGCCGCAGUUCCACGGCGGGAAACGCCUGGCCGCCCUCCCAGAAACGGGCCCCGCCGGCCGCUCGCGGCGGUCCGGGGAGGGGGCCCGCGGGCGCCCCAGCCGGCCCCCGAGCAAGAGUCGGCGGCACCUACCGCGGAACGGCGCGGAUGGCGGCGGAUCCCGUCGCCCCCUCGCGCGCUGCACUGCCCGCGCGCAGCCUCCGAGGGUCCUUCCGGGAGAGCGGCGCGCGGGCUGCCCUCGCCGCGCCUGACGCGGCGCCGCGGCGCGCGAGGACCCCUCGGUCGGCGCGUCAGGCCUCAUCCCGGCCACCUCUGCGCGAGGCCUGUCCCGUUCCCCGCUCCCUCCGUACUCACAACCCCGCGUCCGCCGGCGGGAUGUGCGCCUCCGCGCUGUCGCUGGAGCAGCUGCGCGCCCUCACCGAGCUGCCGGAGCUGGAGGCCGCCUACGGCCGCCUGUGCCGCGAGGAGGGGGAGACGCGGGCGGAGCUGGAGCUGCUGCUGGAGCAGCGCGGCGCCCUGGAGGGGAAGGUGGCGGCGCUGCACCGGAUGGGCCCCAACCUGCAGCUGAUCGAGGGGGACGCGCAGCAGCUGGGGGGCACCAUCGCCUUCACCUGCCGCCUGGCCGAGAACGUCAGCAGCAAGGUCCGGCAGCUGGACCUGGCCAAGAACCGCCUCUAUCAGGCCAUCCAGCGGGCAGACGACAUUUUGGACCUGAAGUUCUGCACCGACGGCGUCCAGGCGGCCCUGCGGAGCGAGGAUUACGAGCAAGCGGCGGCUCACGUGCACCGCUACCUCUCCUUGGACAAAUCGGUCAUUGAGCUGAGCCGGCAGGGCCAGGAGGGCACCAUAACCGAUGCCAACUUGAAGCUCCUACAGGAAGCAGAACAGCAGCUGAAGACAAUUGUUACUGAGAAAUUUGAUGUUGCCAUGAAGCAGGAAGACUUACCACAAGUGGAACGCUUCUUCAAGAUCUUCCCCCUGCUAGGCUUGCAUGAAGAGGGGCUGAGUAACUUCUCCAAAUACCUUUGCAAGCAGGUUGCUAACAAAGCAGAAGAGAAUUUACAGUCAGCAUUACAGACCAACACAACGGACCGAAGAGCUGCCGUCCUCUUUGCAGACACGCUGACGCUCCUGUUUGAAGGGAUCGCACGCGUUGUGGAGACGCAUCAGCCCAUCGUGGAGACGUACUACGGGCCUGGCAGGCUCUAUGCCCUGAUCAAGCACCUGCAGGCAGAAUGCGACCAGCAGGUGGAGAAGGUAGUGGAGACGUUUGUCCAGCAGAGAGACUACCGCAGGCAGUUCCAGCACGUUCAGAGCAGCGCGAUGAGGAGUGCGGCAGGAGAAAGGAUCGAACCGAGGGAGCUUGACCCUAUUUUAACCGAGGUCACCUUGAUGAAUUCCCGGAGUGAACUUUACCUGAGAUUCCUCAGGAGGCGCAUCAUCUCUGACUUUGAGGUGGGAGAUUCUGUGGCCUCCGAGGAGGUAAAGCAAGAGCAUCAGAAGUGCCUGGACAAACUGCUCAACAAUUGCUUUCUGAGCUGUGCCAUGCAGGAGUUGAUUGGCUACUACAUCACCAUGGAAGAGUACUUUAUGAGAGAGACCGUCAAGAAGGCUGUGGCGAUGGACACCUGUGAGAAGGGCCAGCUGACCUCCAGCAUGGUGGACGAUGUCUUCUACAUAGUGAAGAAGUGCAUCGGGAGAGCGCUUUCCAGCUCCAGUGUUGACUGUCUCUGCGCCAUGAUCAACCAUUCCAUCGCUGAGCUGGAGUCAGAGUUCAGGGAAGUCCUGGGCAACAAGCUGAAAAUGGGCUUCCCGGCCACCCCUUUCCAAGACUUCCAGCGGGGCGUGACCAGCGCGGUGAGCCUCAUGCAGAGCAGCCUCCAGCAGGGCAAGUUCGACCCCAAAGGCAUUGAGAGCGCUGACGAGGCCAAGCAGUCCUUCCUGGUGACUUUAAACAACGUGGAGGCGUGCAGUGAGAACAUCCUGACACUGAAGAAGACCCUGGAGAGCGACUGUUCCGAGCUCCUCGGCCAGGGCUUUGGAGGAGAACAGGCUCGGCCCAAGCUGGACAGCUGCCUUUCAGACAUGGCUGCAGUCUCUAGCAAGUUUCGCGACCUGCUGCAGGAAGGCCUGAGUGAGCUCACAAACUCAGCCAUCAAACCACAGGUGAAGCCCUGGAUUAACCUCUUCCUGUCUGUCUCCCACAACAUCGAGGAGGAGGAGUUCAGUGACUACGAAGCCAACGACCCCUGGGUGCAGCAGUUCGUCCUUAACCUGGAGCAGCAGACGGCGGAGUUCAAGGCACGACUGUCACCUGCGAUCUAUGACAGCCUCACCAGCCUGAUGACCACUCUAGUCGCUCUUGAGCUGGAAAAGGUUGUUCUGAAGUCCACCUUCAGUCGGCUCGGCGGGCUGCAGUUUGACAAAGAGCUGCGGUCCCUGAUAGCUUACCUCACCACCGUCACCACCUGGACCAUCCGUGACAAGUUUGCGCGGCUCUCCCAGAUGGCAACCGUUCUCAACCUGGAGAGGGUGACAGAGAUCUUGGAUUAUUGGGGUCCGAACUCCGGCCCCCUGACGUGGUGUCUUACGCCGGCAGAGGUCCGCCAAGUCCUGGCCCUCCGGAUGGAUUUUCGCAGCGAAGACAUCAAACGGCUGCGUCUGUAGCCACCCGAGCAGAGCCUCUUUCCUGUAAUUGGUUGCCUCUUCCUGCUGCUGGUGGCUGCUGAACAGGAUGGAAACUCGGCCACUUCCGCCCUCUUGCUGGUGUAGGGAAAACAUAAAGCAGUUCUGUUGAAAAUCAGAGUUGGGAAAAUCUUCCUCUCCGGCAAACAUUAAGGAGCUCAGCUAGGUUUGUGCCUUCUUGUGUACCUGCCCCGCGCAUGAGUGUUGCGUAAUUGCCACAAUGUAGCUGUGCAGAAACCCGGCACCCAGGGUUUGGGAGGGGCUGCGGUUCAACCCCGCUUGCGGCAGGCACCCAGGUGGAGGCGCCCCUGUGGACGGCCCGGCCCACAACCGAGGGUGCCCCUUUUCGGCUUGCUGGGCCAGGCUGAGGCUCUUGGGUCAGAAGCGUCAGUCUGGCCUUCGUCUGGUGCUGCCUCCAGGCUGCCCGAUCCUGGGACCUCUGGCGGAGGCCGGUGCUUGAGAGGAGACCAGCAUGGAGACCCAAGGAAUUUAAAAUAAAAACUGCUAAUGUUGUAA